CACGAUAGCCUGUGAUAGUGAGCUCACAGGAAUAUAUAAGAACGUACUUUACGUCUUCUAUUCUUCAGAGCUUCGGACUUAGCAUGCUUCACGUCAAGGUACAAGAGGCGGGUGGGAUCAAUGUUAUCAACUUUGCACCAUUCCUCGAUGGCUCGCGGAAGCAAGAGGUCGCAGACGCGAUCGUGCAAUCGUUCAAAGACACUGGGUUUGUAUACCUGACUAGCCAUGGUCUGUCCCAGACCAAGGUAGAGGGCAUGUUUGCUUGGUCUAGGCGUUUCUUUUCUCAGCCGAUGGAUGUGAAGAUGCUCGCUCCGCACCCCGCCAGUGGAUUGCACCAUCGAGGUUAUUCUGCGCCCGGGGUCGAAAAGAUUGUCAGAGAAGUGUUUGAUCCCAACGAGAUCAAGAAGCGCCGAGCACAGGCUCCAGAUAUGAAGGAAAGCUUCGAAUGUGGGCGCGAGGACGAUCCGCUCAUGCCCAACAUUUGGCUACCUGAGGGUAUGUUGCCUGGCUUCAAAGAAGCAUGCUUGGAUUUCUAUUGGGCCUGCCACAAAGUACUCGAGAUAAACUUCCUGCGAGCUCUAGCCUUGGGUCUCGGCGUACCCGAGGAUCACUUCGUUCAGGUACACACCAGGGCGGACAACCAGUUGCGACUCUUGCACUACCCCAGUGUGCCGGUCGAACAGCUUAAGAACGAAGAGAUCAGUCGCGUCAUCGCACACAGCGACUAUGGCAGCAUAACAUUUCUGUUCCAAGACUCCGUGGGUGGGUUGGAGGUGGAAGACCCGAAUAAGCCCGGGCAGUUCACAAGCGCUACGCCGGUGAACGGUACAGUGAUCGUGAACGCUGGUGACUUUCUGCAGCGGUGGACGAAUGACACCUUACGGAGUAGUGUUCACCAGGUCAGCCUUCCGCCCAACCUGACCAGCUCAGAUGGUAUGACGCCCCCACGCUACUCCAUUCCAUACUUCUGUGCACCGAACUUCGAUACUGUCGUUGAUAUGAUACCGACGACAUACUCAGCAGAGCGACCGAAGAAGUACGAGCCAAUCUCUUGCGGACGAUACAUUAUGGAGCGCUUGGCCGCGAAUUACACCAGGACGUAGACGCGUCCUUUCAUAGUGCUCUAACUUCAUGCGACGGCAGGAUAUCCAGUACCAUAGGCUACGAGUAAGCACAACAUAUACAUGUGCAGAUACGCUGCCGAAGAAUCAAGAAAACCAAUGAAAAACCAGAUCAGACCGAGAAUGAGAGAACUCGGGCGAGGAAGCGGAUAUGUUGCGCAGCGGUAUUGACAAGAGCUGGAAGCAGGAGGGCUAGUAAAGAGACAAUGCGGUUCGUGAGAAGUGCGCACCCGAGCGGGUGUUUUCAUGAAGCACUGAGAGUGGUAUAUGG